ACAAAUCCUUGAAUUAAGCGACUUCGAAUUUUACCAAAAGCUCCUGCCCUCCAGGAUAGCACAGUUCUAACUUAGGACACGGAACAUAUUCAACAUUAAGUCUGAGGUGUUAUCAUACCUGCUAUCACCAUGCUGAGAGGAAAACUUGGCAGCAUUCGUCGUCAGGUGGACAGGCGCUCUAAAUUCCUGAGAGUCUUGAAUGAAAGCGAAAACGAGAACAAUGGCUUUCUUAACUGGAAAAUAGCCCAAGAAAAACAUGGUGUUGACGUUAAACGAGAGAUAUACACGACGAACGUCAGGAAAGCAUCUGUAAGAUGGAGAAUGCUUCAGAAAUGUUUAAAUAACCACCGAGAAGAUUCGGACGUAGGUAAGGGCAACUUAUAUGGACAUUAUGGUGGCAGGCCCAUUAACGCGUAUAACCCACAGAUUGAUUAUUACAUUGAGGACAGUGCCCCGGCUAAACAGAAGAAACGCAAAAUAAAACAUCAGAUAAAAGAUGCCCGAAAGAAGGGAAAGAUUCUUGACUCAGAUGAAGUCCUAGAAAAAAUCACAGACUAUUUCCAAGAAAGUUGGGGAGUGAAUUAUAAAACGUCACUAAAGGAUGAUGAACCAAACGAAAAACACGGGAACAGGUUUCAAUCUUUGCAUAAAGGGAACGAUCAUGAGGAAAAAUUUGAAGAUAGAUUUAAACCGAAACGCAUGGCCGUAAAAGCAACAGGUAAACUACCACAAGUGCCCGGAUUGAAGAAGUCCUUAACAACACCGAUUUCCCUCUUAGGUCGUAGUAAAAAGAAUGACUGCCCCCAUGAGCCCGAUCAACAAAACCGGAAACAGAAUAUUGAUAGGUUACUUCGGAAGGUGGAGUGCUCGCGACCGAGUUGUGAAGGAUAUAUUGGCGGGACUUUCACUGUACAGAAGGUAUUGCCACCUAUACUUCGUAUCGCGAGAAGUAAUUCUGCAUCAACGCUUGGCUAAUGACAAAUAGUAGAGAAUGCAAUUUCACUUUCGCUCGUCCAGUCUCAUGGUUCAUUGAAAACAUUCUGUGUAGUUCGUUACGAUGUUAAGAAAACAUGGAGAAUGGUGCAUUACAUUUGUAUCUGUGCUAAUGGAUUGUUUGGAAUGUCCAAUGGGAUGUAUUAGUUUACGUUUUCAAAUUGUUAGUUAAUAGUCCUUGUUAUGUGCAAUGAAGCAUGCAUCAUAGCGCUGAUACAAUUUUACAUGACAGUUUGUUUAUAGUGUAUAUAAAGAUACUUUUAGAGUUUACAUGGAAGUUUGUUUGACCAGCUUCAUAAAUGUAACUCGCGAGACAUCAUAUGUUGUAUUAGGUGUGUUCGACGACCAUACGAUAACGUGUCUUUGUUUACGAUAGAGAUAAUUAUUAAUUAGUUCACGAACGAAUCUGCAUUAACAUAUGUCUUACAUGCGCAUUCAUCUUAGUUGCUCGUGUGCUUAUUUUACAAAUAAUAUUCGGUUUACAAGGGAGCAAAGCAAAUAUAAAACAUGUAUGUGAUAAUGAUAAAUCAUUUGAUAAUCGGAUCAAAAUCUCAUAAUAUUGUAAACGGUCAUUCAUAUAAGUUGAAAUCAAUACCAGGUCAUUGUUUCACAAAACGCAAUAAGCUUGGCACAUAGUUAAAUAAAGAAAAAUAUC